AUGUUUUCUUUGCGUCCCGCUCUCCGCAAGGUUGCCCUUUCGAGCCGCUUGCCGGCAUCUCCAGCCGUUGCCUGUCGAGGUUGGAUGCAAAAGCAACCCUUCUCGUCGAAAGAUGUCGUUGAACAAGGCGAGGAGGAAGAAGAUGCGGUUGCCAUCGUGCAGAGCCGCCGUGAAGAAUUGAGUGACAAAGGAAAACAUCUCAUUUGGGACAGCGGUGAACAGCUUCCGGCAGCUCCUCUUCCAGAAAAUCUCAAUGAGCUCGUGGCACUCGAUCCUGCAGAUACCGGCUCCAGACGCAAGGCUGAUGGAACGGAUCGUUUCGCUUUUAUUCGUCAAGACAAGGCCAAUGUGAAGCAGUCUCCGCUUAACGAUGAGAAGAAAUGGAGAAUUUCCUUUGUGGAAGAUGGAGUUGCUGGAGAGAAAUGGGAGAAUUCACUUAUGGGAUGGACCAGUAAUGCCGAUCCCUUUCAGUCCGAACCACCUCUAGUUUUCGAGAACGCUCUUGAUGCGGUUUACUUUGCGAAAAAGAGAGGAUGGAAAUACAUUGUGAAAGAGCCCAUUAUGAGGCAAGUGCGUGAUGACGGGGCUCAAUACCAGGACAAUUUCUUGCCUCAAGCUAUUGCGGCUCGGGUGGCCAAAGAAGGUACUCAGUGUGACCAAUGGAAGCGUGAGGCAGCAGGCACUUCCCAUUACUAUCGUCCCCUUCGAUACCAUGGCAAGGGUGUUGUACCUCAGCAUGGACCAAAUCCUGACCAGGAAAGUGCUCCUUAUGUGGAAGGUUAUUACAAGAUGAGGUGA